CAUAUCUUAUCGAAGCCUUUUCAGUUUCUCAAUUCAUUUGAAAUCUUCCUUCUUUGUGUUCUCAUAUAGAAAUCUUGAAACUAUGGGUUUCCGGUUGCCUGGUACCAUACAUGCUAAGAAAACCCAAGUACCGUCAAAGUCCUUAGAUGUCCCUAAAGGCUAUUUUGCAGUCUAUGUUGGGGAGAGUCAGAAGAAGCGGUUUGUGAUUCCACUAUCAUACUUGAACCAGUCCUCUUUGUUAACUGUGAUAUUAAACAGUUAGUAAAUCAGGUGUGCAAGGCACGUGGGUUGUUAGUAGAAUUAGUUAGACAGUUAGAUUAGUUAUACGGGUAAGCUUUGCAUAAACUGAUAUAAAGUGUAACAGUGCUGGUGAAUGUGGUUAAGCAAUACAGAAAUCAGAAUUUACAAUUUUCUUUCUGUUUCUAUUUCCUUCCCCUUCUUCUUCUUUAGAUAUCGUCUUCACUUCUCUCUGAAUAUGUUUGUUCACAUGGUAUCAGAGCCCUCAGUGGCUUUCGCAUAAUCAAUCGAUCCGAUCCGCGCUUUCUCUGCCUUUCAAUUCCAACUCCGUUCCCAUGAUUCUCUGAUUCUCAUCUCAGUUCCAAUUCUAUGAUUCUCUGAUUCUCUUCCCAAUUUUCUCCUCCCUCAAAUUCGUUUCUGGGGCUUCCUCUGAUUCUCUUUCUUUCUUCCUCCCUGAUUCAUCAUGGCUUCUUCUUCCUCCGUCAAGAUUGACGGCCUGCUUAGUAUGGUUACCAUUCGUCUCAGCGACAACAAUUUCCUGAAAUGGAGUUUUCAAUUGGAGUCUGUGUUGCAAGGGUAUGAGCUUUUUGGGUAUUUUGAUGGCUCCAUAGUUCAGCCUCCGAAAUAUGCAAUCUUGGACGAAGAGGGGGUAACUUCUCAAGUCACAGCAGGUUACAAGGAAUGGCUAAAGACUGACAAGGCUCUCCUCAGCCUGCUCAUUGCCACUCUGACGGAUGAAGCUUUGGAAUAUGUCAUCGGAACGAAGACGGCUCGAGAGGCCUGGCUUAAUUUGGUGGACCGUUAUGCCUCUGUUUCACGUGCCCGCAUCAAUCACUUGAAGACCGAGCUUCAAACCGCUCAAAAAGGGGGGGACUCUAUUGAGAGAUUUCUUCUUCGGUUAAAACAUAUUCGGGAUCAGCUUGCUCAAGCAGGUGUGAAGGUCUCAGAUGACGACUUCAUGAUUGCUGCCCUCAAUGGGCUGCCUCCUGAAUAUGACAUGAUCAAGACUGUCUUGAUUGCCAGAGAUUCCUCCAUUUCUCUGAAGGACUUCAGGGCUCAAUUGCUUGCCGCUGAACAAACUGCAGAGGCAAGAAUUUUGACCCACUCUGCUAUGCUUACUUCUCACCAUCCAGCUACUGGAUAUCAUUCGGUGGUUGCUUCUCCCAGUGGGUAUGCUCCUCCUUUUCUACGAAUACAGGUUUACUGCCGAUUCCUUCUAGUUCAACAGUUGCUUGUUAUGCAUCUAAUGCUCAUAAUCAGUUUCAUAGCUCACGUGGUGUAUCUGGGCCGAGUGGUUCUCUGAUGUCCAAUAGUUCUAAUGGUUUUGGUAGAGGAAAGUUUUCUACUGGAGGAUUUGGCAAACCAGCAUCUGCAUCCUCUCAGUCGGGCCCCAAAUUUGGGUCUAACUCGUUUCAUAGGAGCAAUAUUGUCCCUGAAUGUCAGAUUUGUUGCAAGCGGGGUCAUACUGCUGCAAAUUGUUAUUUUAGGCAUGAUACCUCUACAGCUCAGGGCUCUGCCCAAGUGAUUGAAUGCCAGAUCUAUGGAAAAAGGGGGCAUGGAGCUCUUGAUUGCUACCAGCGUUCCAAUUACUCCUAUCAGGGACAACCUCCUUCUCCUAAGAUCUCCGCUAUGACUGCACAGAGCACUUAUACCCCUAAUCAAGUCUGGAUUGCAGAUAGUGGUGCAUCUCAUCACAUGGUUGCUGACGUCUCCUCAUUGCAUCAUGUUACUCCCUGUGAAUCUGCAGAACAUGUUACAGUGGGAAAUGGUGAAGGACAAACGAACCAGGAAAAUUCUGCUUCGAGGACUGAGCCAUAAUGGUAUCUACCCCAUCCCAUGUACACUGCCGUUACAGUCCAAGGCAGUGGCAUUUCUUGGACAGAGAGUCAGUUCCUCCUUGUGGCAUCGAAGACUUGGUCAUCCCUCCAAUGACAUCGUCAAAUUGAUGCUUCAGAAUUCACAGUUAGAGUCUCUAAAUGAUGAUUCAAGAGUGAUUUGCUCUUCUUGCCUUCAUGGGAAAAUGCACAAGCUGCCAUUUACAGAUACUCAUAUUAAAUCUAGGAUUCCUUUUUCUAGAAUCCAUAGUGAUGUAUGGGGACCUUCCCAUUUCAAGUCUCUAGAUGGCUAUAGGUACUUUGUAUCUUUUCUGGAUGAGUGUACUGGUUACUUGUGGCUUUUUCCACUAUUCAAUAAAUCAGAGGUGUUUUCUAAGGUUCUUCA